AUGUCUUCGAACUCGUUCAAAGCGGCCAUCCUGCGACUGGUAGUUGCGGCUCACAUACGAGAUGCUCUUGGUUACCAGUUCAUCAGACAAGAUACCCUUCCAUCUGAAAACCUAUCUGACAAGUGUGUCGGUGCUCUCACAACCGACCUCACAUCUUGCCCGCAGCAGGUCAGUGCCUUUUUCACAGGAGACUGGUUUGAGUCAGAUUCACUGGAAGAAGCCUGCACUUCGGCGUGCGCAGUCGACCUAAGCCAGUAUGUUGUCAAAGCUGGUAGUGCCUGUGGCCCAGAGGACACAUACGAAAUUUCCAGUGUGAAUAAAGCUCCGGUCUCCUUUAUACCAACCCUGUUGCAAUACCAUUUCAACAAGACAUGCAUCCAGGAUGAGGGUCGCUGGUGCCAUGUUGUUGCGCAUGAGAUGUCUAUCGGAAUGGCUGAGUCUACGCCUAUGAUGAGGACCAACAUGAGCACCAUUGUCAGUAAGUGCCAAGUUUGCUCUCCAGACAUCUCAGCUAGCAAGACUAACGAUGUAGGACGGCAAUCUUCGCCCGACAUGUGCGACAACUGUGUCAUCAAGGCCUAUCAAUUCCAAGCGGGAUCGCCCAUCAAUGGUGGUUACGCUCUUCAAUCGAAUUACAGCAGUUUGACUGAGAGCUGCUCCAAGACUAGCUUUCCUCUAGAAAGCUCGACCACGCUGUUUCCCGAGCCUACGAUUACCGAUACACCUGCCGAGUGUACCGGUUCGACCUACAGCCUCAAGUCUGGCGACACAUGCCAAUCGGUGUCUCGAUCUCAGGGCGUCAGUACAGCCUGGUUAUUAGCCGACAACGGCCUUUCAGCUUUCUGUAUAGAUUUCCCACAAAGUGGCGAUCUGUGUAUUCAGAAUAAAUGCGAAACGUAUACUGUUCGGGCCAAUGAUACUUGUGUGUCUAUUGCCAAGGCUCAUAGUAUCAGUCAAGUUCAGCUAUACACUUGGAACCCUGUUUUGGAUACGCUGUGCAGGAGUAUCGACAAGUCCGUUGGUGACUCGAUCUGCGUCACCCCACCAGGCGACGACGAGUACAAUCCAGCACCGGCACCAACUACUUCAACGCCCGCCCCAAGUGCCACAGCAGCGCCAGUGCCAGAUGAUAUCGCCCAGGGCACUACGAAGAACUGCUCCAAUUACUACCAGGUCCAACCAGAUGAGUACUGUAAUUUGCUCAUCGUAAAGUUUAGCAUUAGCCUCGAAGAUUUCCUAUUCCUCAACCAGGGCGUCAACGCGAACUGCACCAACUUGUUUGCCUUCGAGAGCUACUGUGUCGCACCUUUAGGCCCCAUUAACCAGUAUCCAGGCCACCCAGAUUACAUCCCUCCUGGGUCGACUAUCUCAGACAUGCCGUAUAGUAACCUCCCCAAGGCCACCUUCACUGCACCCGCUAUAACAGGUCUGCCGACGGCUGCUCCUCUUGCCAAGGGAACACGAACAGACUGUUUUAUCUACAUCAACGGGGAGGACUUGACUGUUGAUAUGUAUUAUUGGCCGAAUCACUCGGCGUGUGAGGUUCUUGCCGGCGGAUGGGGCAUUAAGCUCGAGCAACUCGCGAAUUGGAAUCCUUCGCUCAUGACUAACUCGAGUGACUGUGCCCCAGACGUCAAUUUUCGAUAUUGUAUGGCGGCAUACGAUUCUGCAACAAUAACGGCAAUUCCAUUGCCGCAAGAGACAGAGGAAUCUGGAUAUCCCAUCAGAGAGGGCGCCACAAAAGACUGUGUCGAGUACGAAGCCAUAGUUGCACCAAUGACAUGCGAGACGUUCCUCAAGAGAAACCACAUUACCAUCGCCCAGUUCUACAAAUGGAAUCCGGCAGUCGGUGAAGAUUGCAGAAAUCUCUGGCUAGAUUACCGGUACUGCGUUAGCAUCGACGAGCAACUCAGAAUUCUAGACUCCAAAUCUGGAACGUGCCCUCGGCGCAUGUAG